UUAUAAAAAAAAUAAGGUUGAAUAAACCGUUAAUAUAGUUAACCCACCAAAGUAACUUCCAAUAAACCAAAAACCAAAUAACCAAAACAAACUCAUCUUCUCAACCUUAGACAGAAGAGAAAACAGAGAAAAGCAAAGAUCAACCGCCAUAGCUAUGGUGGUUGUAGCCACCUUCUCUCACCACAUCCACACAACACUCUCUCUCCACAACAACACUUCCUCUUCCUCCUCCAUUAAUCCAAUCUCUCAUCACUCCUUUCCUCAUCGUCUCACUCUCACCACCACCAAUUCAUCAAUCUUUUUCACUCCUUCCUUCCCUAAAAUCAAAUUAACCGCCUCAUCCGCCGCCCUAGGUGGCAGCGGAGGAGGAGGAGGAGGAGGAAAUGAUAGCGGUGGUGGCGGUGGAGAUGGAGAUGGAGAUGAGAAUAGGAAGAGAAAUAGGGGAGAGGCAAUCAUGGCAAUGGCGGAGGCAAAUCGGUCCUUAGAGAGUUUACCUAAGGAUAUGGCGGCCGCGAUUGAGGCCGGGAGGCUUCCGGGAUCGAUUGUGAAGAGGUAUUUCGAGUUGGAGAAGUCGGCGGUAUUCCGGUGGUUGCUUGGUUUUGGUGGGUUUAAGGAGAGGUUGCUUGCUGAUGAUUUGUUCUUGACUAAAGUUGGGAUUGAGUGUGGUGUUGGAAUAUUCACUAAGACUGCUGCAGAGUUGGAAAAGAGGAGAGAAAAUUUCACUAAAGAGCUCGAUUUUGUGUGUGCUGAUGUGGUGAUGGCAAUUAUAGCAGAUUUCAUGCUAGUAUGGCUUCCAGCUCCAACUGUAUCUCUUAGGUCACCAUUAGCAGUCAGUGCAGGAACUCUUGCCAACUUCUUCCAUGCUUGCCCUGAAAAUGCUUUUCAAGUAGCUUUGGCUGGGUCAUCUUAUUCAUUCUUACAAAGAGUAGGAGCCAUUGUGAGAAAUGGAGCUAAAUUAUUUGCAGUUGGAACCAGUGCUUCUCUGAUUGGAACAGGAGUGACAAAUGGAUUGAUCAAUGUAAGAAAAGCAUUAGACAAAUCUUUUGCUGGUGAAGCUGAAGAUGUUCCCAUAUUACCAACCAGUGUUGCCUAUGGUGUUUACAUGGCUGUUUCAAGUAACUUAAGGUACCAAGUACUGGCUGGAAUCAUUGAACAAAGAUUUCUAGAACCUUUGUUACAUCAACACAAGCUUGUACUUAGUGCAAUUUGCUUUGCUGUUAGAACUGGCAACACUUUCUUAGGCUCACUAAUGUGGGUGGAUUAUGCACGUUGGAUUGGGAUUCAGAAGACAAGAGACUAAUUAAAGAAUCUUGACAAUUAUUAAAAACAUUCUUCAUCAUCUUCAUCACUACUAAGUAGUGUUGAAAAUUUGAGAAAAAAAGUAAAUUUUUGGAAUAGCUGAAAAUUUUGGUAUAAAUAAAUAUCAAUAAUAAUGUGUUUAUGUUUGUUUUUAAUUAUGUGGCGGAAAACUAGUGAAGUGAUUGUAAAUUUCUUGAGCAAGUGAAAUGGUAUAAUAUGUAAACAAAUAACACUUGUCAUUUUUUUGGCCCCUAAAGAAAGCCAAUAUGUAAUAGCAAAUUUGGAUUGAAA